UAGACAGUCUGUGAACACGUGGUGGCGCUGGAGGCACAAAUGUGAUUCUCUUUAAAAAAUAAAGAGAAAGAAAAACUUGUCUCCUUCGAGCCGGAUUCGAACCAGCGACCUAAGGAUGUCAGCGCUCGGCUUGUACCACUACAGUCCUCCGCUCUACCAACUGAGCUAUCGAAGGGACGGUGCAAGAAAAGGGCUUUCAUUCUCCGCUGGGAAUAUGACACAGACUGGUGAAGAUUAGACAUCCUUCCUGCUGCAUUUUCCAUGCUUUCUCCUGGGAUUUGAAGAUCGAGAAACAUCUGAACGAUGUACAAAGACACAAGCUCAAGGAGGAAAACAGAUGAGGCGGGGCGUGGAGCGAAUACUUCUCUCCAAAUGUCAAUGAACGGAGCGAGUGGGAUGGAGACAUGGAGCAUAUUCUGGAUAACUACAGCGACACGUUGUAAAUACUAAAGACGACCCCAAGAUGAGAAGUUGGAUUUACGCAUUUUCUUAUAUUCUUACAGCUCUAUCAGAAUCCAGAGGUCCACCUGUGGAUAGCCGCUGCUCCGGGCGCGCAUGUAACCCGCGCAUGGGCAACCUGGCAGUGGGCAGACUUAUCACCACUGAAUCGGUGUGUGGCUACAAUUCUUCUGAACCAUACUGCUUCUUCAAACAAACUUUAUCCACUCGUAGCAGUAAAGACCUUUGCGCUCAUCCUAAGUGCGGCAAGUGCAAUGCUGCCAUUCCCGGGCUGGCGCACCUUGCCUCGGCUAUGAGCGACUCCUCUUUCCGCUUCCCUCACACCUGGUGGCAGUCAGCGGAGGGAGCAAAGCAGGAGACACUGCAGCUGGACCUGGAGACGAAGUUUUUGUUUACGCACCUCAUCCUAGUGUUCCGCUCCCCCCGCCCCGCAGCCAUGGUGCUGGAGCGCUCUCAAGACCACGGCAAGACCUGGAGGACGCUCAAGUAUUUUGCCAAAAACUGCGAGGAGGCGUUUGGACUUGCAGAGGGGCAGUCAUCAAUUGGAAAUGGGACCACAUGCAGCUCCAAGUACUCUGCAGCCUUUCCGUGCACCAGAGGAGAGAUGAUAUACAGGGCUUUACCCCCUGGCAGUGCCCUAGACCCGUAUGGACCAGACGCUCAGGAGCAGCUGAUAGUGACCAACUUGAGAGUGCGACUCCUCCAGCGCCAGCCCUGUCCCUGUGAGGCCAAACACCCUGGAGCUCUGCCCACGAAACAUUAUGCAAUUUAUGAUUUUAUUGUGAAGGGGAGCUGCCUCUGCAACGGACAUGCAGACCACUGUGUGCCAGUCAACAUCCACCAGAAGAAAACGCACAACAUGGUCCAUGGGAAGUGUGUGUGUCGCCAUAACACUGCUGGUGACCACUGCCAGCGCUGUGCUCCUCUUUUCAAUGACCGACCCUGGCAGGCGGCCAAUGGCAUCACCGGGAGCCCACACGAGUGCCAGAAGUGCAAGUGUAAUGGCCAUGCUCAGAGCUGCCAUCUGGACCGUAGGCUGUGGUUGGCAUCCGGCCGGAGAGGUGGAGGUGUGUGCGACAGUUGCCUCCACAACACUGGAGGGCGCCAUUGUCAGAUCUGCAAGAAAGGAUACUACAGGGACCCCACUUUACCAAAAACUGCCCCUGAUUCCUGUAAAGCUUGUUUGUGCCACCCUCUGGGCUCUGUCUCGGUUGGGGGUCCCGUCUGUAACCCCAGCAGCGGGGAGUGCACCUGUAAACCAGGAGUGGCCGGCCCCCACUGUGACAGGUGCAUGAUGGGAUAUUGGGGACUCGGACAAUAUGGCUGCCGUCCCUGUGACUGCACAGGGGAUUGUGACCCCUAUACCGGAGAUUGUCUUUCUGGCUCAGAUGUGGGGGUCUCGUUCUUUGCCAUUGACCACCGCAGCAAUAACAGUGAGACGGCACUCUUCAGGCUGGAGGAGCUGUUCUCUGCACUGCACCACUCUGAGAAGUGUGAGUGUGCCGAGGCGACUCUCAGUAAUCCUAAGGUUUUCUGUGCUGCAGAGUACGACUAUGUGUUUAUGGCAAAUGUAAUGGCUGCCCACGACAAAGGCUCCCAUGCUGAGGUGAAGGUGAAGAUUAAGAAAGUCUUGUACAGUAAACAGGGACUGAAAAUCCUAAGAAGCACGAUUUCCCUUUUUCCUGAAUCUUGGACUCUAAAGGGCUGCACCUGUCCCAUACUCAACCCAGGAUCAGAUUAUUUAGUCGCUGGACAUGAGGAUUGGAAGACCGGUCGUCUCAUUAUCAAUAUGAAGAGUUUUGUAAAACCGUGGAAAACAAGUUUGGGACAAAAAAUUAUGGAUAUUAUCAGAAAAGACUGCGCAAAACGGUAAUACAAAGAUCACAACUUUCUGAUUUCUGUCACAGCAAAUCAUCUAACUUCAAGUGGCGAGUAGUCGUUUGCAUUAAUUUGGUGUAGUAAUUAUGCCAGAUGACCUCCCUGAAGUUCUAUUUAUCCAGACUAGACUGGCCUGAAGAGGACACCGGCUUGUAAAAACUGCCCUGAAGAAGGACUGAAAUUUGUUUUGGUUUGUAACAAUUAAGUUCUUUUACAAUCAUUUGUGACACUGUGAGAAGCAAAGUUGAUAUAGAUGGCGGAUGUACUGUACCAUACAAACAGGCAGUGCGGAAUGUUCAAGCCAGGGCAUACCAUAAAAAGAUAUGCUUGUAGAAUACUGGAUCAAGAAGCCAUGAGAACAAAGAGAGCCAUAAACACGUUGAUCCGUGCAAAACCCGCUGAAAUCCCAAAGACCUCAGGCAUGUUGUUUAUGAAAAGGAAGGAAUGCACAGUCAAUUUAGAAUAAUAUUUCCUGGUUUUACUUUUUGACUCAAGGUGAUGGGCCUGUACACUGGGGCUGUGGUGUUUACUGCAAAAGCACCUUGUUGUCUCAUUGAAAUCGGUGAUAAAUCUUCAAACUGUGGAGCUCUGUUUGCAUUAUAUGUCCUUGACUAAGAGUAGACUGUGAAGUGAAAACACCAAAAACUAUUUUAAAACUCAGCUAAAAAACUCAGCUUCAAAAUACACAUCACCUCUUAAAACUCACUCAUAACUAAGUGCAAUAUUAAUGUAACUGUUUCUUACUCAUCCACUGUUACAUAUUAACAACACUCGUAUCUAGUCAUUUUUUUGUCUCACCAAUUCAAAUCUUUAUAUUUUUAAAUACAUAUUAAAGUAAUCAUGACAAAUUGCUAUACCCUAGUUUUUGAACCUAGUAACCUUCAGAGUCUGUCCUCAGAAGACCUCCCUCGGACAGUGUAAACCGGACUGUGUGAAACCAGUGGGUGUGAGAAAAGAGGGCACAUGUGUGGGCAUGAUUCUUGUUUUGGCUUCUUGCCCUAAAAAUACCAAAAUAAGUUUAGAAUAGCCCAGUGUCUUGACUCUAAAUAGGACAAAUUGAGAAGGGACACUAUGUAUUCCUCAACUAUGACAUCAUUGUCCAUGUGUCCUUGUCCCAAAGAAAACAAAUCUGUGAUAUUUCUGUUUGAGGACAAAGUGUUAACAUUUUCUUGCAUGAAUGUACUUAACCACAAAUGUGAUUUUGUUUUGUAAAUAUUUUAUAAACUCUAUUGUUUGUAUAUAAAUGUGGAUUUUUAUAAAAACACCCUUCUCCGUCUUGGUUUCCAUGGAUUAUUGUUCAGUUUAUACAUCAGAAUUAGCAGAGGCAAUAAACAGUUUUCUAAGUAUGUUUUGUAAAUCCAUAUCUCAUAUCACAUAAUGUA